AUGGAUCUUCAAAAUCUUGUGAACAACGUAAAAAGCGUAGCUCUCAAUAUUGGCGAACGAUUCACGCCAAUUCUCAAAGAGAGCAAGUUUAGGGAGACAGGUGUUUUAACACCGGAAGAAUUUGUGGCCGCCGGUGAUCAUUUGGUACAUCACUGCCCAACAUGGAAAUGGGCGCCAGCCGCUAAUCCUUCAAAGAAUCGUCCGUUUUUACCGAAUGAUAAGCAAUAUCUGAUAACCAGAAAUGUUCCAUGCCACAAAAGGUGCAAACAAAUGGAAUACGACGAAAAGUUGGAAAAGAAUGAAGACGAGGAAGAAGCCAUCGACCUUGACGAUCUGGUUGAAUCUGGAGGACUUGAGGAUAUUGAUCCGAAUCGAUUCAUUGCAUCGACUCCUUCCUCAACUCAGAAUGUUGAAGUUGAAAAACCGCGUACUUAUGAUCUUCAUAUUUGCUAUGACAAAUUUUAUCAAGUCCCGCGCUUGUACUUAAUGGGAUACGACGAAAAUCGAAAGCCACUAACGGUUGAACAAACUUACGAAGACUUCUCAGCAGAUCAUGCAAAUAAGACGAUCACUGUUGAGACCCAUACAUCAAUUGACUGCGACAUGCCAACGGUUCAUCCUUGUAAACACGCUGAAAUGAUGAAACGCCUAAUAAAUCAAUAUGCUGAUAGUGGAAAGGAACUCAAUGUCCAUGAGUACCUCCUGCUUUUCUUGAAGUUCGUACAGGCUGUAAUUCCGACUAUCGAGUACGACUACACAAGAUCAAUCAAAAUUUGA